AUGUAUGCUCCAGAACUCAAGGAAAAGGCUUUUAACAGUCAAAUGGCGCAGCAUCUCCAGGCUGCUCAUUACUCCAUCACCACCGCAAGCCCCAUUCAUGUCAACUUUACCUUACACUCCAAGCACAGUAUCACGAACAUUAGUUUUGGCAACUAUCACUCACACUUUUUCUAUCAGGUUUCUAAAGGCUUUCCUCACGACAUCUCCGAUCCUGAGCAGAAGGAAAGCUUGCUCGUCCGACUUGAGGACUUCCGGAACUCGUAUCCGUAUGGUCACCUCAUCCUUAAAGUGUCUGCUGACCUUGCGGAUGAAGCACCCAUGUACCAUCAACUCAAUCUGCAACUCAUAUCAACGAUGGAAGUGCAGAAAAGGGUCUUUGAACAGCGUGCAUGGGUAUUCUUCGAUGAUGCUCGUCUGUACCCUUCUCGGAGUAUUGCUCGUCACUUCCCUUCGACCGCAUAUAUCGAGAAUGAAGGUGACAAGCUUGUUUAG